AGCCUCCACCUGCACCUCCUCUCUUCACAAACCUCCCCCCCCUCCGUCUCUGACUGUCAGAUGGAAAAAACCUCUGCUUCUCCUCGGUGCUCCUCCUGCUCCACAGCGGCACUUCCUCCCUCAGCCAGGCCGCUGUAGGGCACCGCAGGGCGGGGAAGUAGCGUCGCAGGGGCCGGCGGAGCGGAUCUGUGGAGCUCUGGCAGCGUCCCCUCCCUCAUGCUGCAUGCUACGGACACUCAAACAGAUGUACGGAAAUAACCACCGGCUGUUUUCCUUGAUGCAUCAUUAUUGCACUGAGCGAAGCUGCAGAGGAAUAAGCUCUAGGAGCAGAUUUAUUUCAGUUUGAGCCGCAGAAGAGGAGCAGGAUUUCUCACCAUGUUUCUGUUCUUGUGUCUAACAUGGACACAGCUGCUGAUCACAGAAUCGUCCUCUGGUGAUCACGAGCUGCGUCUCUUCCCUCCUCGUCGCUCCAGCCGCCUCCCUCCACCUCUGCACCCUCAGCCGGACUUGACCCCCCAGUACGACGCGGACAACCCAUCAGAUCCCCACAUCCACCAUCACCGUCAUCAUCUUCACCACCACCACCACCACCAUCGUCACCGUCAGCACCCGGCUACAGAAGCCAAAGUGAUGCCACCUGCGCUCUUAGAGUCUCGGUUCCGUCAGGAGCCCGACGACCAGCGAACCCUCAACCUGCUGGCUCGGCCGGAGCACGAGGCGCAGCCGGAGCACGCCGUGGUGUCUGCACGCCAUCUGGUUACCGUGUACCUGGCUGUGGAUGUGAGGAGGCUGAACAUCAGUCUUCUUCAGUGGUUUCGGAAAGGUGUAGCAGCAGCGCUGGGCGUUCCUGUGGGACACGUGCACAUCAACCGGCUAAAUGAGAAGAAGAAUGGCAUUGAGCUCUUCGUGUCCUCUGAUAGGCUGGGGAUCUCCGAACCCCGCCCAGCUGAAGAGGUCAUCCAAUCACUGAACGUCAGGGUCCUUCACCGCCACCUGGGACACUUCGGCAUCACUGAAGUCUCUACUGAGAAGAACGUCCUGCAGGGUGAGCAGAGGGAUCACGUGUGGAGCCGGGAAGGUUUUUACGCCGUUGUCCUCUUCUUCACCAUCUUCGUCAUUGUCAUCACCUGCUUGAUGGUUCUGUACCGACUUAAAGAGAAGGUUCAGGGUUCCAACAGACAGCUGAAAGCUCCGCCCCCUGACCUCCACCUGACCCCAACCGUCCCUCCAGACUCCGCCCAGAGGUCAAAGGGCACCAAGGUUGUGACGUCAGGAAGCAUGGUCCAAGCUGAGCUCCCUCCAGCUGUAGCCACGCCCAUCCCCCAGCAGCAGCCAAUCGCAGCCUGCCGCCACCUCGCUCCUCCUGUUGUCCCUCUGCCCAGCUCCGCCCCUGCCCCUGUCGUCAACAGCAACGACCACGCCCCCCAGGCCAGCGUUGCCCCGGUGACAGCCAAUAACGAGCUAAAACCCUGCCCCUCCCCCUUCAGGAUGAAACCUGCCGCAGGACUUCAAGAAAGACGAGGGUCUAAUGUCUCUCUGGUGUUGGACAUGUCAGCUCUGGGGUCUGUGGAGCCUCUCAGCGUUGCCGUGGUAACCCCGAGGGAAGCAGCAGCCAGGGAGUACUUGCUGUCCGCCGGUCGGCCACUCACACGGCAGCAGCUCCGUGACAUCAUCAACAACACACAUAAGCUGCACGCCGAGUUCGCCGAAAUACCCAUGAAUUUCACUGAUCCCAAGGAGCUGGAUAUCCCAAACCACGGACCCAAAAACAGAUACAAGACCAUACUGCCCAACCCUCAUUCCAGAGUGAUCCUGAAGUCAAAGAGCUGCAACGACCUGCUGAGUUCCUACAUCAAUGCCAACUAUAUACGGGGUUACCUAGGCGAUGAGAAGGCGUACAUCGCCACACAGGGUCCCAUGGUGAACACGGUGAAUGACUUCUGGCAGAUGGCCUGGCAAGAAGAGGCGCCGGUCAUUGUCAUGAUCACCAAACUGAAGGAGAAGAACGAGAAGUGUGUUCUGUAUUGGCCGGAGAAGAGAGGGAUCUAUGGGAAGGUCGAGGUUCUAGUCAACAGCAUCCGAGAGUGUGAACACUACACCACUCGCAGCCUCACACUCAAGUGUGGGAAUCAAACCCGUACACUGCAGCAUUACUGGUACACAUCAUGGCCCGACCAUAAAACCCCCGACUCAGCACUGCCACUGCUACAGCUGAUGACUGACGUUGAGACGGACAGGCAGACGGCCGCCACCAUGGGACCAGUUAUAGUUCACUGCAGUGCUGGGAUUGGCCGAACGGGCUGCUUCAUUGCCACCACAAUAGGUUGUCGGCAGCUGCAGUUGGAGGGAGUGGUGGACGUACUGGGCAUCAUCUGCCAGCUCAGAGCUGACAGAGGUGGUAUGAUCCAGACGGGUGAGCAGUAUGAGUUCGUCCAUCACGCCUUGAGCCUAUACGAGUCCCGCCUCUCUGCAGAAAUCGUCCAUUGAGCUUGCACCGCCACAGGAGGGGGUGGCUUUAACCUGGAAAAUGUGUGAAGGUUGCGAGUCCUUAGCAGGUGUGAUCUCUGAGAUUUGGGAGUUCUCUGAGAUUUGGGAUUUCUGGAGGAGGUCUUUGAGUUUGAUGGACAACCAAUGAGGACUGUUGUGGGCGGAGCCUGUUGACGGAAAGAGAAAAGGUAAAUUUCUGAUAGUGGAAUGUAUCCAUUCUUCUUGUCUGCGGUUUCUACUUCACAUGUUGUUGGUGAGUGGUUCUUCAGAAGAACUCGAGAGACCCGCCCACUUCACUUCUCUUAACUAAUUGACUGUUGGAUUGCAUCGUUUUUAACCAACCAGACUGUCCUAUUACCUCUUUUCUGUCAUGGAGACGUAGAAAUAGUUUGAAGUGACUGACUGAAUUUGAUGGUACAGUACAUUGUUAAUUAACACUAUUGUGUUUAUGUGUCUUAUAGGAUUUUAAAAUUAUUUUGUAAUGUGAUGUUCUUAUAAGAAAGGGUACUGGAAAAUGACUGUUAGCUGGUUGCACCUUUGGUUUUGGAUAGUAGCUUUUGGCUACUACACCACUGUUGAACCAACCCUUCCAGCCAUGCCCCAUUUGUGACCUCAGCACUCUGUCUGUAACUCAGUGAUUCGGUAACAUUGUGCUACCUACAUAAACCUACAUCUUAUCCAGCAACAGUUUGUAUCUUCAAAGGUAUUUUCAUGAUCUCAUCUACAGUACUGUGCAAAGGUUGUAGGCAUUUAAAGUAAAGUGAAGAUGCUUUCAAAAAUAAUGCCAUGAAUAGUUUUUAUUCAUCAAUUAACUUGAUACAAAGUUGAGUAGA